CACAGAGACCUGAGCGCUGCCAACAGCCCCAUGGCCGAGCAGGUGGCCCUGAUGGCCGGGGGCCUGGCCGGGGGGCUGCUGCUGCUGCUGCUGCUGCUGCUGCUCUGCGGGAGCUGCCACCUGUGGAAGAAGCUUCGCGCCGCGCCCGCCUACGAGGAGCUGCCGGGGACCCCGUCUGCCUGCAGCCUCCGGGGACCCGGGGGGCGCAGGCCCGGGGGCAGGCCACCAGAUGUGCCAUUUGUGGUGCCCCCUUCCCUCCAAGACCAAGACCGGGGGCCCCUGCGCAGUGGAGGGUGGGCGCAGGCCCCACAGCACCCCUGCCUCGCCCUGGAGCUCCGGCCCCACACCUCGGGCGGCAUCGCUGGAGAGGUAAGCACGGUGGGGACCAUCAACCCAGAGCUGUACAGGGUCCCGGAGGACAGGAGUGAGACCGACUUCCCCGAGGGCUGCCUGGGGCGGCUGUGGUUCUCCGUGGAAUACCGGCAGGAAGCCGAGCGGCUGCUGGUGGGCUUGAUCAAGGCGCGGAGGCUGCGUGCCCCCUCGGAGGCCUGCAGCCCCCUGGUGAAGCUGCACCUGCUGCCUGACGAGCGGCGCUUCCUCCAGUCCAAGACCAAGCGCAAGACCUCCAAUCCACAGUUCGAUGAGCACUUCGUCUUCCAGGUGUCCAGCCAGAGCGUCACCCAGAGGGUCCUCAGAUUCUCCGUGUACCACGUGGACAAGCAGAGGAAGCACCAGCUCCUGGGCCAGGUGUUCUUCCCCCUGAAGCACGAGGCCCUGGCAGGUGACCCCCCGCAGGUCGUCUGCAGAGACCUGGAGCCCGAGAGCCUAGAGCCUCCCUCCGAGUUCGGGGACCUGCAGUUCUGUCUCAGCUACAACGCCUGCCUGAGUCGCCUGACGGUCAUCGUGCUGCGAGCCAAGGGCCUCCGGCUGCAGGGGGACACGAGCUCCGUCAGUGAGUGUCCUUCUGGGGUAGCUCCUGCCCUGCAGCUGGGACCCUCCCUCUGCACACGGCCCGACUCGGAGCCUCACUGUCCCCCAUGGACGCCUGUGAUGCGAGGCCACUCCAUCACCCUGCACCCACGACUGUCCCCCGGGGCCUCCACCAGGACCCCACAGGCCCAGGCCAGGUGUGUGGAUCCAAGUGUCCCUGAGGAACCAGCACACGAUGGUCAAGAGCAAGAGGACGUCGGCCGUGCAGGGCUCCGGCUGCCCCGUGUACAGCGAGACCUUGAGCUUCCACGUGCCCCCUGCCGAGCUGGACGCGGCCAGCCUCAGCCUGACAGUGCUGCAGGGCGCGGGAGCCCACGGCAGCCGGCAGCUGGGCCGCGUGGUGGUGGGCCCCCGCAUGUUCGCGUGGGGCAGGCCGCAGGAGCACUGGGACCAGAUGCUCAGCGCGCCCGGGGAGCUGGUGAGGCGCUGGCAUGCACUGGGCUGUGCGGUGGAGGAGCCCUGAGCCCGGGACCUGCGGUGGCACCAGGAGCACCCCCACUCUGCACUCCGCACCCCAGGAGCACCCCUACCCCCCACCCCGCACCCCGCGCCUCGGCCUGGAAGCCGACACCAGAGGAGACAUGAAGCCGCAAUUGCUCCCCAGCUGGAGGCCCCCUCCCCAUGGGGCUGCCCAGCGCCCCCCACACCCCCCUGAUCCCAGAGCCCCAGCGGGGCCACCCUGGCAGCACCUCAGGUCGGCAGAGGGGCCUCAGUGGCCACCCAGGACACCCCAGCCCUGGGGUCAGCCAUCAGCACCGCGGCGGCUGCGCAGGACGAAGGUCCUCAAGGACUCGCCCGUGGGCUUGGCAUCCGCCCGUUGUACAGGUGUCCCCGGGCCCUGCGGUCUCCCGGCGACAGCACUUAACCCAUGUGGCUCACUUCGGAGGGACAGCGCGUGGCCACAGCACAGCCUUGACUGGACCCGGCGACCUGGCGAUGACCGGAAGGUGACCGACGGCCCACGACUGCCUCGGGCAAGCGUGCACACUCCACGAAGCUCGUCACCACCUCCCCGCGACGCUGGACUCAAGGUGAUGGGCAUCAAUGUGCUGGUCACCGUCACCUGCCGGGGGCCUUGCUGUGGUCGCGAGCCAGACAAAUGAAUCCUGGGUCUCCCGGCGGCGGGGAAAGUCAGGAUUAUCACGCUCUGUGCCUCUUGCACUUUGUCUAUCCCUGUUACGGCUGAAGGUGGCCUCACCCGGCAGAGGGCGCGCACCCUCCCACGGACCGCACACCACGGCCACCCCACAGCUCCACCCUGUCCCCACGCGUGACGGCUCCAUGCCCCCAUCCCCUGUGUGUCACUGCUCCACCCUGUCCCCACAUGUCACGGCUCCGUGCCCCCAUCCCCCACGUCACAACUCCACGCCCCUGUCCCCCACGUGUCACGGCUCCGCACCCCAUGCCCCACGUGUCUCAGCUCCAUGCCCCUGUCCCCCACGUGUCUUGGCUCCAUGCCCCUGUCCCCACGUUUCAUGGCUCGCACACUCGUGCCGUCGUAGAGCAAGCCCCUCUGCCAGGCCUGCUUCCAUGUCCCCGGGGCCUGAGCCAACAGGCACCAGCCGCACCCGCAUGUCAGGGGGACGUGGCACCUGCCACUGGCCCUGCUGGUGGGUCAAGCAUCCCCCGUGCAGGACACAGUGAAUGCGUGUGUCUGACUCACAGCUGAAGACUCUCAGCGGCAGGAGGCUGUCGUGCUGGGCCCUGCAGGAGGGGACGGAGGGGGGCCGGGGGCAGCUGGGUGUCUGCAGUCGGGGUCAGGGCAGGACAUAACUGGAGGGGGCGAGCGGGGCUGCCUUGGUCCUGCCCACCGGGCGCCUCCGGAGGGAAGCCCUUCACCUUUGCACAAAGCAUUUGGAAGGAGCUGAUCAGCGGCCACGCCAACAAGUGCUAGCGCGUGGCGGAAUUCUCAUGGAGUAAAUACACCGUUUGGGGGCCAUCUGAUAAUCCUACAACUUUGCAUCUUCAAUCCAUUAACAUGGUAUAUCCCUCCGUCUCCUCUGGUCGGUCUCUCUCUACCUCUAAUUUUUAAGGAUGCCGGUAUCAUUCAUUUUUUGUUGUUUCGUUCAUUUCAAUGUCAUUUAUUUUAAUUCCAUGUAUAUUUUACAGCAAGCAAGACAUUACUAUUAUUACUAUGUUCCAUCAGGAUUCACUUCUAUUCACCCCCAGCAUCGUUCUUUUGCUUUCCCUUCUCUCCUGUGCCUCUGGGACUCUACUUGAGAUCCUUUUCCUCCUACUUGAAGAACUCUUUUUAGUAUUUCUUUUAGUGCAGAUCCGCUCCCAGCAAAUUUUCUUAGUUUUGUAACAGAAACGUCUAUUUCAAAUUCAUUUUUAAAGGAUUUUGUCUUUGUUUUUGUGGAAAUAGAAUAGGCUGACAGUUUUUUUCCAUCAGUGGUUUAAAAAUUACGUUCCUUGUCUUCUCCCUUCCCUCAUUCUUGUCGACACGUGAAUUAUCCGUGCUGUUGGUUCUCCUCUGAAAGUAAUGCAUCUCCUUCUACUUCCCACCCUUUGUGUUUUUUAAUAUUUUAUCCGUAUCUUCGGUUUUCAGUAGUUGGAGUAUGAUGCACCUCCAGGCAAUUUUCUUAUUACUUACCCACCCUGGGAGUAAUAAAUCUUCCUCAGUUUGGGAAAUUCUCAGCCCGUAUUUCUUCAGAUGUGGUUUCUCUUCCCUUCUUCCUCUCCUCUGCUUCUGAGACUCCAAUUACACGCUUGUUAGAUCUUCCUGCAGCUCCCACAGGACUCUGGGCACCUGCAGUUUCCAGGCCUUACGUCUGUGCUUCGGCCCAGUCUUCAUGCCGCCCUCCUCUGUUCCACUACAUCUUCCUUCCACGAAGUCUAACUGUAUUAAGCUAUAUGCCGAGGCCUGCAUUUCAAUUACUGCAUUUUUCCAUCCUAAGUUUCCACUUGCUGCUCUGUGAUGAGCUCCAGCUCUCUCAUGCAGGGAGAGCUCUAUUUUGCCAAACACACCCGAUCAGCGGGUCAGUUUUAUUGUGUAUGUUUUCACCCUCGGGUCCUGUUACGUGGUGUGUUUGGUCACAUAUUGUCCGACGCUGACCAUUAUGAUAAACGAUAAUGGCUCCAGGAGACAGUAGUCCUCCGGACACGGUUCACGGUGUCCUCUGGUCGACAGAAUGAGGGGAGGUCACCUUGAUCCAGUCUGGUAAUGAACUAACUGGGGUCUGGGU